AUAUUUCCUCGUUUAGGAAGUAAGUAUCUCAGUACUCAGUAAUCUAUAUCUGUCUUCGUUCAGGUAAUUGUCUUUCUGCCUCACGGAUAAAUUCUUUUGAGCUCCAGAGUACAGUUACAUCCUUUCAUCAGUUCAAGUGCUUGUGGACAGGUUGGGUACAGCUCUUCACCACACGUUAGUAACCCUCAGCAAAAAAAAAAAAAAGUCAUCUGCAGCACGUUGCAAUUGAGGAGUUAACAGAGGAAAAAUGCUCCGCUAUUCCUUCUGCUUGCUCUCUCCCUGUUGCAUAAAUUACCAUGAUUUUUUUCUAUAUGUGAUAAAGUAAUUUAUGCAACAACGUAAAAUCUGUGUGUUGGUCUGUAUGUGUAAAAUGGCUUCCUUUUUAUCAUUUUUAUAUUGGUUUUGCUAAAUGAUAUGUCAGGAUAGCUUUUAAUCAGCACACAACGAUACGUCCAGAGAAACUCCUUCAGCUUAUGUGAACUAGAUCUAGAUCUGGCACACAGGAGAGCUCAGUUGUUAAGUCAUUAAGAAGCGGAAUGGGAAAGGAAAACAGCUGGAAAUGUCAUUGAGGGCUCAGAGAGGGCUGCGAGUGUGGUCUUUGUGCAGCCCCAGACCAGGAGGUCAGAAGAACCAGGCAACCGAAAGGAAAUUCCAGGGUGAGGGUGAGAGCUGGAGCCUGUGUUGUACUUACAGAGGAGGAUGAGAGCCUGAGCGCUGUGGCUGAGAUUGUCAUUGGAUAGAUGAAACUAAAAAGAGAAGAGGCAGCCCAGCAGAUCUUAUUCAUGAAAAAUUUCCCAAACUCUUCUAGUCAGUGGGAGUUUCACACCACGAAAGGCCAUAAGAUGAGAUUUUGAGAGAGUCCUGAGAAGUGAAAUGUAUAAAACUCAUCCUUGUUCUUUUGACAUCACUGAUAUCUCUCUACAAACAAGAACUCCUGCCUCUAGAGGAAGCCCUCUUUCCUUCUUCCCGCUGUUUAUGAAAUGCUCUUGCCACUGAUGCCAACCCAUUCCAUAUUUCUGCUGAGAAGAUACUAGUGAAAUUGUUGCUAAGUAGCUGUGGUUCAAAACUCAUGAGGUUUUCCAGGCUUAUCUCUGGAAGUGUGCUCAUCCUUCCCUGUCUGCCCAAUCCUGCCCAGAGGUGAAGUAUGGGAUCUCAGUGCAGCAGCUUCCCUCGUGCCUUGGAGAGGAAUUGCAGCACAAUGGCUGCGUUCCCUGUCCUGGAGCAAGAAACGUUAUUCCGGAACGGUACCUGGAGCUAUCGAAUUCCAGCCCUGCUCUACCUGCCGCGGUUCAGCAUGAUCCUGGCCUUCGCUGAGGAGCGAGAGGACCUGGUGGAUGAACAUGCCAAGCUGAUAGUCAUGCGCAGAGGCGUGUAUGAGCCAGCCACGCAGCACGUUCAGUGGAAAAGGAUGGAGACCCUUGUCAGUGCACAGCUGGAAGGCCACCGAUCUAUGAACCCCUGCCCGGUAUAUGAUGAAGUCUCGGGGAAACUCAUCUUGUUCUUCAUAGCCGUUCCUGGAAAGAUCUCUGAGCAGCAUCAGCUGAGGACAAAGAUCAACUUGGUACGUCUCUGCUAUGUCACCAGCAUGGACCAAGGACGCACCUGGAGUGCUGCCCAGGAUGUCACUGACAGAACUAUUAGGAAUGAGUACAACAACUGGGCCACGUUUGCGGUGGGGCCAGGUCAUGGAUUACAAUUGCUCGAUGAGGCCCGGAGCCUUGUGAUUCCUGCCUAUGCCUAUCGUAUCUUGGACCCCAAGCAACACCCCACGCCUCAUGCCUUCUGCUUCAUCAGCUCUGACCAUGGGACAACAUGGGAGAAGGGGAACUUUGUGGGGGAGGAGAGCGCAGUAGAGUGCCAGGUAGCAGAGGUGCAUACCUGUGGCAGAAAGGUCCUUUACUGCAAUGCAAGGAGCAACAGGGGAGCCAGGAUCCAGGCUGUCAGCUACAACCAUGGGCUGAACUUCGAGGGAGGCCAGCGGGUUGAAACGCUAAUAGAGCCUCCCUUGGGAUGCCAUGGAAGCAUUACUGCCUUUCCACCUCCCCCGGAUGCCAGAUGUCAAGACAGUUGGUUACUCUACGCUCAUCCUACAGACCCAAGGGGUCGAAAAGAUUUAGGAAUUUACCUCAACAAAAGCCCUUUAAAUCCAGCACACUGGACAAAACCCAGCAUACUCUUCAAGGGCCUGUGUGCUUAUUCAGAUCUGCAAUACAUGGGCGUUGGGCCCGAUGGCUCACCUUUGUUCUCCUGCCUCUUUGAAUAUGGGACCCACAGACAAUGUGAAGAGAUGAUUUUUGUCAUGUUCACUUUGAAGCAAGCCUUUCCCUCAGAACACUGAGUCUCAGCAUCCCUUCGAAAACCAUCUUUGCUGAUGCUUUUUACUGUUAUUUCUCAUCCCUCAGCAAAAGGGUUUUUUAACUCCUGCUGCACACAUAGUUUGGUGUUGGCUUGUUCUGUCUGUAGAUUGUGAAGUCCAUUAAACGUACCACAACUUAACACAUUUGGUUUUGUUUUCUAUUGCCUGUUUUCCAUUUUUGCCUUUCUCUUUGGCUGCUUUUUUACACAUGACGUGCCCAAAACAAGUGUGACCUUUGUAUAGGGCUUCUCACCUUGAGGUCUGUGAUAGAGUUCAUCAGGGACGCAUGUGCUGACAGCGCAGGGACUGCAAGGGAACAAAUGGCAGCAGGGUGAUGAGUGGUAUUUAGUAAGUUGUGGAGAAACUUUUAGAGAAGGCACUUGUCUUACUACCCUAUAUCUGCUGUCAUCUUCUUCAGGAAGCUGCUUUGGCUCUGGUAAGGAGCACUGCUUCCUGCAGCCAGUAUAGGAAUGCAGGUACCUGCAAUUUCCAGGGCUUUCUGUCUCCUUAUUUCAGCAAGGCCAUGUGAUGCCUUGCUCUUGGGAUAUUCCAUGCCAACUUCUUCAGUGUUUUUGAGGCUGCCUUGUUGAGUUCCCAGGCGCCCCAGAGGCUUCUGCCUAACUUAACCUUCUCCUUACUUCCCAUGCUGUGUUUUCUUGCUUACUCGCCCUUUUGCUUACACUGCAUUGAGAAGGUGCAGUUUUCCAUGUGUAAGAAAACCACAGCCUUGUGUGCUCUGGCUGCUCCCUCUCCCCGGGCAGUGUUAGUAGGAGUCAAUGAAGACAGCAGGACGCUUCCAUGUUAGGGGACAGAGCAAGUGGCAAAAAUGGCAUUUUGCCUGUAUGGAAACUGCAGGAUCAGGACAGGUCUGCAGAGGGAGCUCCCAAUUUAGAGUCAGGAGAGGAAGUGCUUGCUGGUCUUUCUUACACAACUGCCAAGAUAUGAUCCACAUAGCAACUACGCUUAUUGUUGACAACCCCAUGUCUUGUUAUUAAAGAGUAUUAUUGGCAUAUGAGGCACUAUGUCAAACAAAUAACAUUGCCCCACUUUCAGCAAAAAAACACCAGUGUCAGAGGAAGGAGAACUGACCAAGGCCAGAGUAACAUAAAAUACUCAAGCUGGAAGGCUUUCCAGUGUAGACAGAUUUUCAGCAGAUUUCUGAAUGAAACAGCUCUAGUUUUGGUGAGAGAGACACUAUUCUACUACUAUACAGUGUGUUUUGAAAGGAGGCAUCACACAAUGCCUAGACAAGGGACUGACCAGAAACAAAUGGCUACCAUGUGAGACACAUCAGAGCAGAUGGAGCUAGGAAAGUGUUGCCCAUGCCUCUGGACAAAAUUCUGCAUAUGAACCAGUCUGUACUUGUUUCCUGUGUGUUGUAGUCUGUGUGUGUGCACACAUUCAAUGACUGCAAUGAAAAUAUGUUUGUUCACCCUCUUGGUGAAGAAAAACUCCUGCUUUUCAGAGGUCUCUCAGAACACAUCCCCUUUGCUGAAUGCUACCAAGUCCCAUAGGAUCCUUUGCAGUGUCACUGCUCAGGUCCAUGAGUCUCUGCUUGCACAGUGCUCCUACCCUUGCCUUUUACUACUGACAGCUUUCAUGGGUGUUGGGAAAAGAGACCCUGACUUUCCUCACUAUGGAGAUUUGUUUCAGGGCACCUGGAUGCUGCAAUACCAAGGGAGUGAAGGGAUCUUGUGACCUUCUCAGAUACACUGGUAACUUGUCAAGCUUUUCCCAAGCAGCAGGUCAGUAACAUGCUGGGCUGGAGUAGCAGAGUGGCUCAGGUAGCCAGUACUUUUUGGAUAUUACUCAUAUGGUCUUUAGAUGUAGGCCAGAGUCUAAAUAACCUUUGUGGCCAACAGCCUGUCACUGAUGCCUAAUUAGGGAAUGGUAUAUUUAGAUUUCUGCAAAGCUAACUGCUGCUCUAUAGACUUAACCUCCUCAUCAGGUACUACGAAAUACUUUAGUUUCAUGGCAUGCAAAUGCAUAGUUAAGUUUCUAUCUGGCCAAGCCUGGCAGUUCCCAUGCUGAUGCAGUGCACAGGCUGAAUAUAAGUGGGGAGGAGGGGUUGGGUGACCACUGUACAUCUUGAGAGAUGCCACAGACAGUAUUUAUUUACCGGUUCUGGAGAGGCUGGUGCAUGGACACCCAUCUGGUACAGUAUUACUUGGUCAUCUAUAGCAAAACUAGUUCAGAUAAAGUGUCUAUUAUAGUGUCUUGGAGAUAAGAUAUUAUGCCAAGCUAACAAGCCAUUAGGGAUCACAGAGCUGUUUUUAUUAGUAGAUUGGGAUUUACAUUUUGAGCCACUGAAGCUGUACUGUGCUUUCUUUUAGGACCAAGAAAUAUUCACAGAAACCAGCCUGCACAUUCAAUUGUCACAAUCAUCAUUUGUACUUGGAUCCCUUCCCCCUGUUUUUGUCUCCAAGUCAAGGACUAGUGUGUGCCUGGACAUGGGAUUUGAAUGAAAUAGCAGCAGAUUGCUAAAAAUCUAUGUUGGUGGUGGGGUGGAUAGGAGCUAAGCGUGCAGCUGAUUAGUCUCAGAUGUCUAAUGAGGGGUUUUACCUGUUACCUGGUGUUAGUUUGCAGAAGAUCACGGGAAGCUCUCCGAACAGUUUCAUUCUACAAAAAUUGAUGUU